AGCGUACACGCGUAUAGUUUAUGUACGAGUAAAAAGAGUUAAGUAUACUGCGAUAUGUGUCGUAGUGGCGCUGCGGUAACUUGAAUUUAUUUACUUACGUACAAAACUUACGUGAGAGUAUAAUAUUGUGUCGUGUGCGGUACGACUACGAGUACGAGUAUACGAGUACGCGAGUACUCUUAUAAACAAGGCUAACGUAACUUUCUCAGAUACCGCGAUAGUGUAAUAUCGUCGUGUCGGCUGUUUUACUUUAUAUUAUUAUUACAUAUUCGUACGAGAAUAUCCACCUUUAUAGGUACUCGUCGUAUACCUACCUGUCCAACUCGUACAAAAUCACGCCGAUAAUAACACGUGCAAUUUUUCUUUUUCCUUUUCCUUUUCAAUUUUACAACUACCUAUUUAGGCGUCCGAGUACGCCGAUUUGCUCAAAAAUUUAAUCACGUUCGUUUCAGCCACCCACGCUGAAUAAUUUUUUUUUCAUUUUUCGCGAAUUAUAUUUUUCGUAUUAACGUGAUAUUCGUAUUCGCGGCACGUGAGAAGUGACUUGAAGCCGCCGGUCAAUGUGUGUGUGAUUUAAUUUAAAAUCCGAUAAAAAAGUGUGUGCUUUUUGUUACGACUGCAAGUUCGUCGUGCCCAUGUGCAUUUCGCGUGUGCCUUUGAGUUGAUUUUUUUUUUGAAUAUUUUUUGUGUCGUGUGCCAAAAUUGGAGGAAUUUUUCCAGCGAAUAAUUACACGAUGAAGCCGUGGAUAAAACUAUCACUAUGCAUAUGCUGGCUGCUAUGCGGUGUAUCAGCUCAGCUGGAGAUAAUGAACCAAUGGACGUUUUUAAAAUACAACGCACCAUUUAGUUACCCAUUAUUACGUAAUUACGUGCCAGAAAACGCUGUAUUUACCGGACUCGAAGUAGGCUGGGAUAGGGUAUUUUUGGCCACCCCUCGUCUUUGGCCUGGUAACCCAGCUACCAUUUCAUGGAUCCCAAGAAACAGUUUUGAAAACACUGGCGAGACAUCUCCAGCAUUACAGGCAUAUCCGAGCUGGGAUUGGCACAGAGCAGCGACCACCAACACCGUAUCGUCGACAAAAGAAAACUGUACAAAUAUAAUAUCGGUAUUUCGAAUCAGAUUGGACAAAUGUGACAGAUUAUGGGUUUUGGAUUCCGGAGUAAUGGAUAGUUUGGCUACAUUUACGGUCGUUUGUCCGCCAAAGCUUUUGAUAUUCGAUUCAAGGACCGAUCAACUGAUAAGAAUCGUCACUUUUCCACCUGAAAUCCUGAGAAGAAACUCACUACUGACGAAUUUAGUGAUCGACGAUAACACCAGAGGAGAAUUCGGGGUACCUGAUUGUGAUAAUGUGUUCGUUUACAUGUCAGAUAGUACGAAUCCAGCUUUGAUAGUGUACGAUUCGAGAAAAGAUAGUGCCUGGAGAAUAUCUAGUCCUUUCAUGUUCCCAGAUCCAGAUUAUGGUACUUACAGGGUCGCCGGGGAAUCGUUCACCCUCAUGGACGGAAUCAUCGGAUUAGCCUUAUCAGCCCCAAUACUGCCCCACAAACAACUGUAUUUCCAAGCAUUCGCAUCGAAUAGGAUAUUCACAGUGCCUACGUCAGUUCUGAAAGCAGGUCCGAAUCCCGGAGACGAUGGCGAACUACCAGUCUCAUUAGUUGGCCAUAAAUCGUCGCAAGCUGCACCUUUGGCAGUCGAACCCAGAGAUGGAGCUUUAAUAUUUAGUCCUAUUACAGAAACUGCCUUAGCUACGUGGAUUCCAGGAUCACAAGAUCAUGGAGUCCUAGCUUACGAUCCCGAAUUACUGCAGUUCCCAUUGGAUAUUCGAGUCAGCGAACGAGACAAUGGUAAUAUUUGGAUGAUCACAACCAAGUUCCAGAAAUUCUUCAAGAAAACAGUCAACGGACAAGAUUUCAAUCUACGAAUAUUACGAGUUAAACGACCAGUCGAACCUCUCUACGGCCAUAACAGCACAUCGUCGUUUUACCUGAAUAAAAAGAAGAAGAAAUAAUCAAAUCGAAUAAUGUUCUCGAUACGUCUGCCAUAAUUUUUUUGUGUUUUUUGUUUUUUUACAACAUAGUGUUCCUUUUAGUAUACAAAAUUUUUCGAGAUAACAUAUCUCCUAUUACCUACUCGUGGACGAUUGCAUAUGGUAUGGGCUACGUAAAAAGGCCGCCAAAAAUUCCCACCUUUUGUAUAUUAUGAGUUUUCCAUCAAUAGGUAAUUGUGUCCACGCAACAAAACGAUGUCCUUUCAUCGUAUGGAAGUACACGAUAUAAAACGUCUCAUCAUUCACGUGUACUUCCUUCUUCCUCCUUUUUUGCCAUAAUUUUCGUGUUAUUAUUAUCGCACAGUAUACAGUAUAAUAUGAUAUUUACCUAUAAAACCGCCUACUUAUUAUAUAGUGUACCUACUCAUCUAUGUACUUAAAAAAAAUUGUCGACAAGUCAAUGCUACAUCGCGUUAAUCAGGCCCCCCUUCAUCAUACGAUUGUUACGAAAUCGUAUCAUGGUAAUCGCGUAUAGUCACACGUUAUUUUGAAGAUGUGCCUACUGCUCAGCAUACGCCUCUUUUUUUCAUAGAAAUCAUAGAAUUAGUGGCUUGUUCGACUUAUUUAUUUCUGAUAAUUUUCACUCAGUUGAUACAUAUUUUUAUGUACAAUCGAUCAAAAUAAUGGUAUUUUUUAAACGCAGUUUUUCAUUCCAUGUUUUAAAAUGUGUAACUAAUUUAAUAAAUUUUGUAAAAUUUUUA